AAUCUACUGUAUAUAGUUACAGUUCAGACGUAAUGACCAAGUCGAGAUGUGCAAGUUAGAGAGAAAUGUUGAGUAUUUUAGAAUAGGAUAAAUAUAGCACGUUUAUAGUUAUCAGACACACUUAGUUGUAAUCUAUUGGUAAAAGUCAGUUAGGAUUGGUUCCUGUUAGUGACUUCACUAUAUUUGCAUUGACCGACAUUCCCUUUUUUAUUGGGGUAGGUUGGCCCCUCUGAUUCAGAGGUUAGGAAUUUGCGUCUGAUUGCUGUUUGUCAACCAAUGAUUUGACUCUGUGAGCACGCCUUAGAUUACGCAAAGAUACUAUGUAACCUCUCAAUCGAGCCAUACUCAGAAAUCGAAUUAAUGUAGCAAUUGUGUAGUAUGAGCACCGCCCAAUGAUAUCGUUACAUUUCUGUACAAAAUCCAAUCGAUAAGCACCAGAACGCCGUGGAUCCAGUGGAAAUCAGGAAUGUUUCUUCCGGUUCCCAAGAGUGGUAAAACAAACGGAAGACAUUUGGUCCUGGUAGAGCUGUCUUCAUAAGAGAGGUCCACUCCUCGAGACAAGGACCCUUGUGUAUGCGUGCUGUCCCCACUGGCUUUGACAGCUACGAAAGAGACCUCCCCAGACAACCCAUCACUUCCUCUGAGCGCCACUGUCACACCGUCACCUCCUCCUUCCUCCCAAGGCUCCGCAUCUCCAACACACUCUCCAUCAGGGUCCAGCGCCCGCCCGCCCGCCCUCAGCAUCCAAGGACUAAGGAGGCGCUGUCCCUCAACUGGCCCCUGACUGGUGCAUCUUUUGGGGGGGGGGGGAGGGGAAGGGAGGCGGCUGACGGGCGCACCGCUUUCCCCCUGGAGAUGAAGCUUCAAGCCGUGAUGGAGAAUCUGCACAGGCAGCAGCGGGCCAAGCUGCUGCUGGAGCUGGAGCAGCAGGCGGCAGCGGCGGCGGCGAGCCAGACGCAGGCACGCGGCGCCGCCACGGGGGGCGCCGACGAGCUCAUGGGAAGCCCCGCCCCCGAGGCGGAGCACGCGCAGAUGGCGGCGCUGGCAGCCAUGCGGGCGGUAGCGGCGGGGCUGCAGAGGGCGGCAGACAGCCCCAUGUCGGAGCGCAGCAGCGGCGGGGAGGAGGAGGACGAGGAGGAAGAUGACGAGGAGGAAGGGGAGGAGCAGUACAAGGAUAUGAUGGGGUCAGAGGAGGAGGAGCAGAUCAAGCAGAAGUGGGACGAGGAGGACUUUGAAGGCGAGAUGGAGGAGGACUAUGAUGACGACCUGGGUGAGGACAGCUUGCCCACGGGGCGUGAAGCUGUGGCCCCUGGGAAAGGCAUCCUCCUGCUGCCUCACCGCCAGCUCCACCCCCACUCCCAGCUGCUGAAGGCCCGGCCCAGUUUGGAGCAGGAGCCCCGGGCACCCGUGCCCCACCCCCACGCCGCACACAGCCAGCUGGGAGGGCAGGACCACGGAGACUGGACCUACGAAGAGCAGUUCAGACAGCUUUAUGAACUGGAUGGAGUUCCGAAGAGAAAAGAGUUUCUGGACGACCUGUUCAGCUUCAUGCAGAAGAGAGGAACGCCUGUGAACCGCAUCCCUAUCAUGGCCAAGCAGGUGCUGGAUCUGUACAUGCUGUACCAGCUAGUGACGGAGAAGGGAGGCCUGGUGGAGGUCAUCAACAAGAAGCUGUGGAGGGAGAUCACCAAGGGCCUGAACCUGCCCACCUCCAUCACCAGCGCUGCCUUCACCCUCAGAACACAAUACAUGAAGUACCUGUACCCUUACGAAUGUGACAAGAGGGGCCUGAGCAACCCAAACGAGCUCCAAGCCGCCAUCGACAGCAACAGACGGGAGGGCCGAAGACAGAGCUUCGGAAGCUCGCUCUUCACCUACUCCCCCAAUGGAACCCCCACCAUGCUGUCCUCGCCUAAGCUCUCCAUGCAUAGCCUGGGCACCAAUGGAGCCUCGCUCACCCCCAGCCAGAAAAUCAAGAAAGAAGAGGAUAGUGGGUUGACCCACGGGAUCGGUAUGGGCCGCAUGCCCGCCGGAGCGAUGGCGGGCCACUCGAUGGUGGCUGCCCAGGCUGCUGCAGCGGCCCAGGCUACCAUGGCAGCCCAGAUGGCGGCUCUGGAGCACCUGAGGGACAAGCUGGAGGCGGGAGAACCCCCUGAGAAGAAGAUGGCCCUGGGGGCCGAGGAGCACCAGAGGCUGCUGCAGAGGGCCUUGCAGCACAACCUGCUGGCCAUGACCGCCCAGGUGCCCAUGAACAUCCGCAUCAACAACCAAGAUGGCAGACAGGACUCAGCCCUCAACCUCACAACGAACGGAAUGAGCAGCAUCAGCAUGUCAGUGGAACUAAAUGGAGUGGUUUACGCUGGUGUUCUUUUUGCUCAGGCAGCAGGGGCAGCCUCGACAGGACCCUCAGGAUCAUCCAUUAACAACAAAGCUCCUAGCGGGCGCAGUGGGCCUCAGCCAGUCCCCUACACACCUACCUCAUCCACCUCCAACCACCCAUCGUCUUAACAAUCAUACACCCUUAACCUUUUUGAUGCUAACUAAAGCCAAAAUCCAACCUCAUUUUCUACAUAGCCUAUGCCAAAAGAAGGAGAAUACAAGCAGAAGUGACUAACUGAAACUCAGACCACUUGAAGUAAACUAUCUCAGGUUCUCUCACCAAACCUUCCCUUAUCCGUUCAGUUUAGCCAAAAUGAGUUUGAAAACCCCAACAAAGAGCCAGUAUAUGAUAAAUAUAUGCACAGCCUUUGAAUAAUGUAUUUCUACAACAAUGUACAGAUUAUCAGAGAACAAAAGAUAAAUACUUAACAGGAAUGGUAAUACACUGUUUACACGUAAACACACCUACUGACUGACAAUGAAGCUUCUUCUCAAGAAGAAAACUUUUUUUUUUUUACAGUAACAUUAUCAUUAUUGUUAUUCUCAUCAUUAUCUUCACAAUCACCACUAACAUCCUUACUGUAUAACAAUAUAUUUAGGAUUCUAUAAAGAGAAAAUUAUUAAUAUCUUUAGUUGAUAAGUAAAGCUUUAAAGUAUAUGUUGUUUCUUAAGGGCAUAAAAUAACAAAGUACCACUGUGAUCUCAAACGCAGUCAAAACAGUCUUGGCAGUGAUCCUUUUUAGGGGUUGUACUGUACCUUCAGCACAGGUAUUUGUUUUGUCACAUGACCCCUAAAGACUUAUGAACUUCAUUGAUGUAUGUUGCUAAGCAUCCUUUAUGCUCAUAGGCCUAAUAUUUGUGUGUUUUGUAGUUUUUCUCAGGUGUCUUCAAACUUGCAAUGAAACAAUCACUGUAUUUCUCACAUCUCUAGUUUUAAUGCAAGUGUUUGUUUUACUCAGGAAACAUUACGUGUCAUCCCCUGUUUCUCAAUAUUGAGUUGGAGCUUCUUCUUUUUUUAUAACUCUGUUCUUUUUCCUGGCAAAUGUAGCAGAAGUAGACUAAAGAGAUGGGUUGGGGCAUCUUGGUUCUUUAAGGAUGCUGCUUCUUUUUGUUCUCACUGCUAUCAGACAAGGUUGAUUUACUUGGGGCCCUUCAAAGGGUAUUGGGACAAAUGUAGAGUAUAUAACCUGGAAUUAGUCAAUGUUACAGAGUGGAACAAGUUAUAAUUUUUCUCAAUUUUAUCAACAUACUUUCUAUGAGAUGAUGCAUGAAUCCUAUGAAACACACUAACUUGCUUGCCUGGUUUUCUUUUCUCAGACCCAAGUUCUCAUCGACUUAUAUCAUCAUCUGCAGUCUGGACAGGGUCGACUUGACCAGUUUGGAUUGAGGAGAUUAUAGAUAACCAAUCUGACUAGCCUUUACAUUUACCUUUUUCUAUGUUCCAUAGCGAUGCAGGAAACAAUCAUGCUUCCUGGAAGCUUUGAGGCCUUAAAGAUUUACCCAUCUUUCUAACAAAAAUGUGUAUCAUCAAAUAUAUAUAUAUAUGUAGACCCUGACUUGACUUAAAAUAAUUUUACACAAUGAGUAUGACAGCAGUACUUAUUGUGUAAACCUCACUGUAUUAACAAUCAUGAUGUGCUUGGGUGUAAUUCUGCCUUUACGUUUCAGAUCUGUGAUGAAACAAUGCUUCAUGUAUGUCUCCUCUUUCGUCUCGCCGUCUUCAUUUUUCUUUGUUUUUUUAUUACGGGAGCAUCACUGCUCUGCUGUUAGGUAUUAGUUCUCAUGUCAUUUUGUUCUUCACAAAUUUUCAGUUUUAUCAACAAUGUACAUACAUACACACACACUCACACAGACGCGCUGGUAUAUAAAAUAAAAUAACAUUGUCAAAGAUAGCAAAAUAGUGAAAAGCCACUAAGCCUUUUAAGAAGUCAUCUAUAUUAUGCAAUGUCCAUGUUCUCAUUGUGCAUUGUCAAUCAGUCAGCACAGUUGGGUUGCAAACAUUUGUACAGAUCUAUUACAGUUGAUACAAUAGAGACUCAUGUGAUGCUCAAUACAUUUUGUAAACAAGAGGGAAUAAAAAAAAAAAAAAAAGGCUUUUAUGUCAAGGGAAAGGAAUAGAUCCCCUUGUGGGAUUUGUGUAAAACAAUUACUUCUUCCAGAGCUUUCAGCUACUGAAAAAUCCACGUUAUCAGCAGUGGGCCCGGGAAAACGUACAAUUCUAAAGCUAGAUUUAAAGUAAAGUAACACCUAUGUACAGUAAUGCUUGCUUGUACAUGUUUGACUUAAUUAGCUACACACAAUCAUCCUUUUUCCCCAACCGUAAUGAAUUGUACAAAUAUUUUCAUCGGGGAGUCUACUAUUGUCAUGACGAAUGGCCGAAAGUAAAAUAGAUGUGUUUUAAUGUAUGCUACAGCUGAAGGGAUGGGGGUGGAAUUAAACCCAAUCAAUCCUGAUCAAUAGGUCAGAGCUGCUUUUUUAGAUUGGUCCCUGUGACCUCCCUAUCCCUAAUGCUACAUCAAUGCACCCAGCUUUAAGUUUAAAACAUAUCCAUUCAUUUGCAGCACUCAGAUUUAACAUUUGAACCACAUAGGUACUCAAACUAUAACAUUUUACAUUUAUCCAUGGGGUUUAUCACUCAGUGAUUCUGUAUUUAGCAUCCUCAGGGAAGGUUGAUUUUGACCUUGUGGUAGUGACAAUCAGAGGGAUGUUACAGCACGGUUUACCUCAUGGUCGGAUCUCCAGCUGAUUUAUUUGACCUGAAUGAAGCCUCUACCUCAAUGAGAUGUGUUUUAAAAUACCAUCACACAAUAUCACUAUUAAGUUAUAUUAAGAUAAUAUAUGCUGGUGUUUGUUAAACCCGCUUUUUAUUGACCGAAAUGGCAAAGAUUGUGUUCAGCAUUGACAAAUUAUCUGAGAUGGUGUGAAGAAUAAAUAAUUUGUAGACAAUCGGAUGAUAUCUCAAAUCUGUCCAUAAUCAUUCUUCAUAGUCAGUUUAGAUUGUUUUGGAAACAUGCAGUGGAAACCAGAGAAGCCUUUUUUAUGAAGUGUUUGAGAUGUAGGGAAGAUUAAGUGGUGCUGCCACCUGGUGGAUUGGUUACAAUCACUCAUUUGUUAUUCUCUGUCUAAACCCUACAUAUCGAUCUGGGUUGCCUUCAGAAUCCUUGCUGUCUCUUCUCCUUAGCUAGGUGUACAAUUUUGACUUCAACAUGGCAUCUUAAUGGGCCUGUUUUUAUUUAAUUGAACCCCUUACAUAUUUAAUUUGCCUAUUGCAAUUCACGUAAGGCAAUCUUAUUAUUAUUGAAGAUGUAUUCUUUUACAUUUCAUACCCUUUUACAUUAUUCCUAUAUCUUCUCUUCUUGAAAUGUACGCCUUAAAACAUGAAACUAACCUUGCAGUAGGUUAAAGCAAGUGGCAUGUUGUAUACUGCAGGGACGACCACAGCAUGUGAAGAUGAAAUUAAGACCAUUGUCGACUAAACAAUUAUUUGACAAGAUGCCUUAUGCUGUGACAACUGUUUGAAUUAACUUGUAUAUAGAACUAAACAUUAUGCUUCAAAAAAUACUUGAUGGCUUUAGAUUGUCAUACCUAUAUACUAUUAUGUUGUAGUUAUUUCUUCAUGAUAUGCUGUACAACCCUAGACACAAGAGAUUACAUCUAGAAAGGAUGGCAUACAUGAUGAUGGUGGUGAUUAAAGAUGGUGGUGAUGUUGAUAAUUAUGAUAUUGAUAAUCAUGAUAAUUUGAGGAAUGCUCAUUUAACAUACCAGCUCUGGUGUGGCUGGCUUGUUUUCAAUGUUCUUAGAAAAAAAGUACAUUUUAAUGAGGCUUCUGUCUUCUUCUCAGGAAAAUAUACUUCUACCUCCAGUUUUACAGAUGUAUUUCUGCUAGGCUAAAGUUACAGUUUAGUGUGUGCACAGGGGGAAGUUCUCACUUGCUCUUUCUCUCUCUCUCUCUCUCUCUCUCUCUCUCUCCUUUUCUCUCAUUAUUGGUGUGUUACAGGUUAUUUGUCAUGUAGCACUUUGUUUUUAACAGGUUAUACUCCGGUAACAAACUGCCACAGUCUACACAUAGUUUCUAAGAUACAGGCACAAGUAUUUUACAGUCUGUAUAUGUGUGUUAAUUUCUAAUUUUAUAUGACAUUUUUAUUUCACUAAAUGGGAUGUUUCUAAGAAUAUGAGGAAACAGUGAAGUGGAAAUGUGGCAUGUUGUAACGAUCAUUUAUUAGCAAGGUGUAAUGCCCUUAUUAAUGACUGACAACAAGCAUUUUAGAAUGUGAGAUCUAUUAUUUUUAAGACUUUCUGUGGGGGUGAAGAAUGUGUCUUGCCUAUUUACUCAGUAUGUGUUUGCGUGAGUUCCUUUUUUUUUUUUUUUAAUUUAAAAUAAAUAUAAUCUUUUCCUAAAAUGUAAA